AUGACGAACGUUGUACUCGCUACUAAUUUAUACCACCAGUAUAUAGAUUCAGGUGUGUGUUUGAGCCAUGAUACCACAGAGAGGAAGCAACCUCCUGGCCGGUUUGAACUGAAGCCUCAGUAUGUUCACCAUUUGGCUCCAAAUCCUUUGCCUGAAAUCAACUACCAUUCUCCCAAACGUAAAGAUUUCAAACAGAGUUGUGUUAAGAUGACUGUGGUUGCUGUGAUCUGCCUGCUGAGUCUCUUGCUGCUGGCUGGAAUCCUCCUGGCCUAUUACUUUUCCUCUCCCUGUAUGCAUGGGGUACAAUGUGGCGGUAAUGGGGGCUGUGUGUGGGACUCCCAGUGGUGUGAUGGAGUGGUGGACUGUCCAGAAGGCCAGGAUGAAGCUCAUUGUGUGCGGCUUCACGGUUCGAGUUUCCUGCUUCAGGUCUACAACACCAACAAAUGGAUGAGUGUUUGUUCUCACGGAUGGACGGCUCAAAUGGGCAGAGCGAGCUGUCGAGACAUGGGAUACAGUGGGAGCACCAGUGUUCUGUCAGGCCAAAGUGAGGCACAUUCUCAGGAUGGAGUCUUAAUAGUAACAGCAGAGCCAAACCCUGAUGUCCCCAUCGUGCAACAGCUUGCACUUAGCAAUCACUGUCCAAGUGGCACUGUGGUGACACUGCAAUGUACAGAUUGUGCAGGAGGCGUCAAUUCCAGCAGGCCUGCUAAAGCACAGCAGGCACCUCUGGGGGCUUGGCCAUGGCAGGCGAGUUUGCGGGUUGCCAGCUCCCAUCGCUGUGGAGGUGCAAUCAUUUCCCCCUUCUGGAUCAUCACAACGGCCCACUGUGCACUCAUGACCCCCAGUGCUGGAGACUGGUCUGUGUAUGCAGGAGUCGUGGAUCCUUUAGGUGUACUCUUUAACCCUGCUUCCUCUGUGAGUCAUGUCAUUGUCCAUGAAGGCUUUGACAGAGAUACUCACAAGAAUGACAUUGCCAUAAUGAGGCUCAGCACACCUCUGAAUUUCACAGCCUCCAGUAAUAUUGGUCCUGUGUGCCUCCCAAAUGUGGGUUUGAACAUCUCUGACCCUCUGAAUGCAUGGACCACAGGAUAUGGUGUUCCAGUAAAUGGAGACUCUCCAUACCUGGUGGAGGCUCAGGUGUCUUUUGUAGACUCUGUAGGAUGCAACAACUCCAUGGCUUACAAUGGAAGAAUAUCAGAUGACAUGCUUUGUGCCACGGAAGCAGAGACAGGAUCACACACAUGCAGAACCGACAGUGGGGGUCCUCUGGUAUCUCAGAUGGGUGGUGUGUGGUGGCUCAUUGGGGACAAUAUUUGGCCACAAAGUUGCAGUGAGUCAAACAAACCUGGCGUUUAUAGCAACGUGACCUAUUUCUUGGAUUGGAUACACAAUCAGAUGAAGAAACAUCAAGAUGACUAAGGAUAAGCGGCAUAGAAAACAGAUGGAUGGAUCAAGAUGACCAAACUCAUGACUGCUGACUAAACAAGGAUGUGGUUUACUGCUGCCUUAUGUGUACAUUUACUUAUUUAUUCUUUCUCUAACCAUUAUAUUUGUCCAUGUCACUUUUUUUAAUCAAU